AUGAAGCACAUCCCGGUUCUCGAGGACGGGCCGUGGAAGACCGUGUGCGUGAAGGAGCUGAACGGCCUCAAGAAGCUCAAGAGGAAAGGCAAGGAGCCGGCGCGGCGCGCGAACGGCUAUAAAACUUUCCGAUUGGACUUGGAAGCGCCCGAGCACGGCGCCACCGCCACCAACGGGCUGCGCGACAGGACCCAGAGGCUGCAGCCGGUCGCGGCCCCGGUGCCAGCCCCGGUGGCGCCGGCUGUUCCCUCAGGUGGGGGCGCGGACCCGGCCGGGGAGCGCCGGGGCGCCCGGGCGCCGGAGGUCUCCGACGCGCGGAAACGCGGCUUCGCCCUGGGUGCAGUGGGGCCGGGACUCCCCACGCCGCCGCCACCGCCACCGCCGCCGCCGCCACCGCCACCGCCGCCUCCGGCGCCCCAGAGCCAAGUACCCGGGGGUUCCGAGGCGCAGCCUUUCCGGGAGCCCGGCCCCCGUCCCCGUAUCUUGCUGUGCGCACCGCCUGCACGCCCCACGCCGUCGGCGCCCCCUGCGCCCCCGGAGUCUUCCGUGCGCCCCGCGCCCCCCACGCGCCCGGGGGAAAGUUCUUACUCGUCAAUUUCACACGUAAUUUACAAUAACCACCCGGAUGCCUCCGCGUCGCCUAGGAAACGGCCGGGCGAAGCGACCACCGCUGCCUCGGAGAUCAAAGCCCUGCAGCAGACCCGGAGGCUCCUAGCGAACGCCAGGGAGCGGACGCGGGUGCACACGAUCAGUGCAGCCUUCGAGGCGCUCAGGAAGCAGGUGCCGUGUUACUCCUACGGGCAGAAGCUGUCCAAACUGGCCAUCCUGAGGAUCGCCUGUAACUACAUCCUGUCCCUGGCACGGCUGGCUGACCUCGACUACAGUGCCGACCACAGCAACCUCAGCUUCUCCGAGUGCGUACAGCGCUGCACCCGGACCCUGCAGGCUGAGGGACGUGCCAAGAAGCGCAAGGAGUGACUGGCCCCAGUCUAGGCCAAGGAUGCUGCUGUGGGCCCUCUUUCUGGUCAAGCCCAAGGAGAAGGUGAGCUCUCCAAAUCCAGCCUUGUCUUCUUCUCCAAGAUGCCGCCAGAUGCUCAGACCACUGCCUGUCAGGGUGCAGGGGCACAUCUGCCUUCCUCGCACCCUCCUGUCCCCCCUCAGCCACUCCGGUGACUCCGCACUUUGCCCUCUGCCUGGUGGGGAGGGGAGAGCAAAGCCUCCCCCUUGCCCAGGGCUGCAGAAAUUCAUUGCCAAAGAUUCCACAGAGACACUGAACAAAUUGUGGUGAUAACAGCCCACAGUGAGAAGCCACACCAUUGCUCUAUGACUUUGGCUCCUCCCAUUGCCAAAGCCAUCCCAAGCCAAAGACGAGUCAGCCGUCCCACUGGAAACUCAUGGAAGGGAUGGGCAUUUGGUGACCAUGGAAGUGCUCGACCCUCUGACCUGGAACUCUCUUUCUACAUUGGGCCCUGAGCUGGCUGGGUACAAGAUAAACUUUCUGGGGGUGGCGAGAGAGGGCUGGGGGUGCUUGUACGGAGUGGGAUAUGAGAUCCUGGCCCUCUUCUUGCCCUCCCACUGGCUGCCCAGGCCUCUGACCCUGAUUCUCAGUGUUCCUUGGGUCCAGGCUCCUUGGGCUCUGAGCAUCAAGGCAAGGGAGGAAGGGGGAGGAAAGAAGCAAUAUUGACCAUCCUGUACCCCACCCCGGGGACUUGCCCCACCAGGGUCACCUAAAGGGUCUUUGUUCCCCAGCCAGCCCAGCCAGCCACUCCUUGCCUGUGGCCCACCCUCCUGGCUGGGAAAACAAGAUGGUUCCCUGCAUGAAGGCCAGUAGUCUGUUCCCAGUUAUGCAGAGGGGCAGAGGGGAGGAAGGGACCAGGGGAACGGGUCAGUAAGUUGGGGAAGGUGCGGGCAGGGGGGGAAGGUUAAAAGCCAAGGCCUGUUCCUUCCUUGUGCUCAAAAGGCCAAAGCUGUUCACAUCUGUGCUCAACCAUCUGCUUCAAAUUGAAGUAAAAGCCCCAACAUG